CCGGCCCACCGCCAGGGAGGCUGAUGAGAACUCAGGUUCCCAGCAGAGCAUUAGCGCGCCUGCGCGUUGGCCUUUCCAGCGUUCCAGGGGAGAAGGUUGAGCGUUUGAGUGUCCAUGGCAACCCGACGCUUCCGCCUUCUGCAAGCUUACAAUCCAUAGCUUGUUGCUCAGCACAAAAGGAUCUUGUCUUUCCGGCGCUUUCGCCCACACGGGGAAGGAUGCCUCUGGAGGUGGUGGUGGAGCUCCAAAUCCGGGCGAUUUCUUGCCCGGGAGUGUUCCUGCCGGACAAGGAAGGUGUAUACCUUGGAGUCUACCUCCUGAAUCAGUACCUGGAGACAAACUGCUUUCCCUCUGUGUUCCCUAUUGUGAUUCAACAGAGCAUGAGAUUUGAAAAGACAUUUGAAAAUGCAAUAGAUCCUGGAGCUGUUGCAGAAAUUUUAGAAAGCUUCCUAACCAGGUUUGAAUUGAUACAGCUAGUGUCUCCAGUAUGGGAAGAGCUGGCCUACUACGAAGAAAACACACGCGACUUUCUGUUCCCCGAGCCCAAGCUGACAUCUUCACACCUUGGCAUGCAUAGAGAGGUGCUCAUGAAGACACCAAUAGGUUUUCCAGGCAUUGCUCCCAAACUAGAGUUUUCUACAAGGACAGCCAUCCGAGAAUGUGUGUUCCCGCAUAAAAACAGAUUUUUCGAAGAGAAGUGUAAAUUACAAAGGCUUUUAUCGAAAUCACGUGGGCAAAGAGCUCCCACAAAUAACAGAAAAACAAAGCCCAAGGAGAAAAGUCCUGACCGAUUUUCCAAAGGCACACAGUCCCGGGUAACCUCCCCAUCUUCCCCCAGACGUCUCUACCUGCACCAGCCGACUCAGCUGCACUUUGGAAAAAGCUUCAGGCUCCCUGGAGAAAGAAAGCCUCCGUUUGUGGUCAGACAUGUGGACAGUGGAAACCCCUUUGGUGAAAACAGUUUGACACGUUUACAGAAGUCCCGAAGAAAAUCUAAGUUUUUGGACUUUGCUUUUCCGAUGAGAAAAGCAUCUUCUCUUGACAGCCUUGCGCCAGACAUCAAGGUUACCAGAGAGCCAGAUGAGCGAAUUGUUUUAAGGAGUCAGCCACCGCCACCUUUAGAUCCAAGGAAGUCCAGAAAACCCUCACCCUGUCACCAAGGGGAUGCCGAUUUCCAACCGAAAACUCCAGUUUCCACCCCCCAGCAUUCCAGAUCUACCAGCCCUCUGGAUCAGCCUCUUCUCCAAGAAAGGUUCCAGCCUUGUUCUCAGUCCACGUGGAAGAAGAUCCAUGAGAGGGUAUGCAGCCUUCUUCCAUCCCACAGAGCUCACCCAAAGGAAAAUUUCAUCUCUGAAACAAAGUAUAUCAAUGAAAGACCAAGCUACCCCCUGAAGAAACACCCACUGCAUGAACAGAGAUAUUUUUAAUCACUAUCUCAUGGGAGCAUGAAUGAAACCCGAAGAAGGAUGAAGGCCUCAGUCAUCGAGACAUUGACACAUCCUUGGAGAAGUGAACAGCAUUCUUUGUGGUCUGGGUUGAGUUACUGGUGCCUAGCCCCCAUUAAAUCAAACCUUAUACUCAGUCUUUUGUGCCCAAGGUAAGAGUUGUUGAUUAAAUUCUGUUUGGGGCUCUCA